AUGUCUCUUCCUGUCUCGUCGUCUUUCAACCUUGGAUUCCGUGGUGCAUUUCAUUCCCCGUUGACCAUGAGAUCUUCUGGACUACGGCCGUUGCUUGGGCUGUUCUGCCUCUUCAUCGGAUGGGCCCUCGCAGAUCGCACCCUGAAAGACCUUAAAGCCAGUGAACUCCUAGAAAUGAUCCCUGCGGGCAAGCCGGGGUCGUGUGCGGACGAGCCUAUGGACCAGACUCUCCAGGACGCGGCCCUACUCGCUCAAAAUGCCUACGAUGCGAUCGACAAGCUUAUCUCUAAUACGAAGAUCGAGAACACCGAUGAAAACGUGAAUUUAUUAAACAUGGCUUACAUUUCAUUUGGAGUCAAAUACGGAAUAUACUGGGAUUGUGAUGAUCCAGACCUUGACCCUAAAAAGCCUAUGCCUUUAGUGAUUACUGGGGGGAUUAACAGUUUGCUUCAAGCUCAGGACAAUUUCGAGUUAGCGAGUGAUAGGCUGAAAAUGGAUAAGCAGCAAAUAAAAAUGGAAUGCGGUGACGAGGACCUGAGAAAAGUAACAACUCUAGGGGACCUAGGGCUUGAGCCAGAAGACGAAACGAUAAAGGCUUACCAGGAGAAAGAGGAUCCAAGCAAAAAGACCUCAGACGCCGAUGUGGUGGGAUACUAUCUGUCGGAAUAUUUCUCUCCGCAGGUCAAGCUAGGGGUUUACGAUAUGAAAACGGCUUUGCUGCUUGCAUAUGAUGUCCCGAAAGUAUACGCGAUGAGUGGCCCAUGCCAAAGCGUUGGUGGUCUUUUCUUCCGCGAGGCACAGAUGAUGAUGCUAUGCCGAUGGCAGUUUGAGCUGAAAAGUGUCGAGCAAGCAAUCAAGGACCAGGACAAAAUUAGGGAGAAGCCAGACAUGGAUAAGGCACUAGAUGGUGAGAAGACAACCGGUGCUACAUUUCUGCACGAGACAUUGCACUGGGUGAACCCCAAAAUCACUGAUGUAGUAUUCCGCGCCAAAGGAUAUGCGGGCGAAGUCACUGCAUAUAAGUCUCGUCGAAGCCGACUGCUGGCCUUUGACAAAAGUCGUGUAGAUGAUACAUUAGUCAACGCAGACAGCUACGUGAUGUUUGCUACGGGGGUCACUCUCAAGAAGACCAACUGGUACCCGAAUGGAUAUGAGGAGAAUGUUGGAUUGUGA